CUAGUGUGUCAUCGCGAGCAGUGUCAAACGGACCUGUGAGUGUUAUUAGUGCGCGUACUUGACUGUUGUGAGAGAAAUGGGAUUUCGAACAGCCACCGCACUUUUAUGGUUAUUAGGUGCAACGUACGGGAAAGUGGACGUCGGAAUGACUGGACAUUGGAAAGAGAACGUUGGCUGGCAGCUAACGUGUACCUGGACUUUGGACAGCAGACCUCUGCAAUCCGUACGGCUGUACAGAGAUGAUACGCAGUUCCUGAUAUACAGGCCAGAGAAACAAGGAGUAAACUACAACUUCGGGUCUUCAGCUAACGACUCGCGACUGACGGUCGACUGCCACGACACUGGGAGCACGGGGAAGUGUCAGCUGGAACACGAGCUAUUGACUGCUCCCAUGUUCAACACCACGUACAAGUGUGAGGUGUCGGAGGAGGGGCCGAGGUUCGACAUGAAGUUUGCAGCGUAUACCAUCGAAGUUUUUGUACCACCGUUACAUCCACAAAUGGAGAUAUCAUCACAAGACAGUCUUGUUAACGUAAACUGCACAUCGGCGGCCAUUCCCGCUCCGAGACUGGUGUGGCGUAUCGGAGAGCAGAGAAUUCCAGAGAACUUCUCAAGUCGUCGCUGGGACCCCACCAGCAAGCUGUGGCACUCGUGGUCGGUUGUCACCAUGUCCCAGGGGGAAUCUCUGGUGCUGGCGUGCGAUGUCCAUUUCGCGAGAGCUGGCAAACUGAUCAUGGGUCAGAGCGUUGAAGCUGCUGUUAAUUCUGCUGAAACUGUUUUAGGAUUGAAUGCCGCUUUUUUGGCAGCGGCUCUGAUGGCAUUACUACGGUGACCACAAAAUAAC